AGCGCGCGCGCACGAGCCCCAAAGCGAGCGACAUGUCCCUGUGGGGAGCAGUGCCUCUGCACCCCAGAGCGAGGAGGACGCGGGGGUCAGAGGUGGCUGCAGGGCGGGCAGAGGAGGGACCUGUGCAGGGGGGUGGGCUGGCGGCCCGGGAGCAGCCAGGAAGGGAGGCCAGCUGGUGACAAGAGAGCCCGCGGGCGCGUCGGGGGCUGGGUGGAGAGCCCGGAAGACUGCAGCCAUGCCUCACAGCUCGGACAGCAGCGACUCCAGCUUCAGCCGCUCUCCUCCCCCGGGCAAGCAGGAUUCAUCUGAUGAUGUGAGAAAAGUUCAGAGAAGGGAGAAAAAUCGCAUUGCUGCCCAGAAGAGCCGACAGAGGCAGACACAGAAGGCUGACACCUUGCACUUGGAGAGUGAAGACCUGGAGAAACAGAACGCGGCUCUGCGCAAGGAGAUCAAGCAGCUCACGGAAGAGAUGAAGUAUUUCACGUCGGUGCUAAGCAGCCAUGAGCCCCUGUGCUCGGUGCUGGCGGCCAGCACGCCCUCGCCCCCCGACGUGGUAUACAGCGCCCAUGCCUUCCACCAGCCUCACGUCAGCUCUCCUCGCUUCCAGCCCUGAGCUCUGAGAGGCGGUGGGGGGCGGACGGAGCCCCCCGCCCCCAGCCGCCCUGGCCGGCCUCGGGAGGGGCACACAGACUGUGGCCAGGCCGCCCUCGCCCCUCAGGGCCCUCUCUCCCUCCGGAGACCCAGAGGCAGAGGCCUGGACAAGGAUCGAGCGCAGGACUGUACCGGCCGAGAGGGUGUGAGGUCACCCAGCGGCGUGGCCGCCUGUCAGCAUGUGCCGGGCCCCCGUGCGGACGGGAGGCCCAAUCCAGAGUCAAAUACGAUACGAUGCCCAAGUCCCAUGGCACAGAGGGAGGAGGGCAGGGUAGGGUUAUUUUUCUAAAUAAAUUUCUUAAAAGCAA